AUGGGAGGAGGAGAGCUACCUGGGCUUCUGGUAAAUGAAAUUGGUGGCAUACAUGGGAUACUGCAUGGCCAUGUGGCAUUCCUGAGGAAACAUUUCUACCUCAUCACCAUGAAGGAAUUUCUUGAAAACAGAAAGCAUAUGAGUAAAAAGGUCCAAGCAAUCUAUUUGUGGUGGCACAAACCAGUCAUUGACCAAGAGCUCCUCCAGAGCCUGCCAAACUUGAAAGUAAUUGCGAAUUCAGGAGUAGGGAUGGAUCACCUGGAUCUGAAACUUGUAGCUAGCUUUGGUGUGAAGAUGGCUAACGCUCCACAUGCUGUUUCCAGCAGCACAGCAGAUACCGGGAUGGCUUUGCUGCUGGCAUCUGCUAGAAGACUAGUGGAAGGUUAUCACAUUGCAAUUUCUGCAGGAACGGAGUACUGGGAAGCUGAUUUUCUGGGAGUUGAAGUUACUGGAGCUACUCUGGGGAUCAUUGGCAUGGGUAGCAUUGGGUAUAAGAUUGCUCUGAGAGCCAAAGCUUUUGAAAUGAACAUUUUAUACCACAACAGGAGACGGAGGAAAGAGCAAGAGGAGCAAGCUGUCGGCGCCACUUACUGCGAAAAGAUAGACAAUUUGCUCCAGCAGGCAGAUUUUGUGAUGGUGGUGGUGAGCCUGACACCUCAGACACACAAGCUGAUUGGGAAAAGAGAGAUGGAGCUGAUGAAACCCACAGCUACUCUGAUUAACAUCAGCCGAGGUGCAGUAAUUGACCAAGAGGCGCUGGUGACAGCUCUGCAGACUGGCGUUAUCAGGGCCGCAGCUUUGGAUGUCACCUACCCGGAACCACUGCCCAGAGAUCAUACACUGUUAAAAUUAAAGAAUGUCAUUAUAACACCUCACCUCGGCAUUAAAACAGACAAGGCUACCUACAUGAUAACAGAAGAAGCAGUUGAAAACAUACUAGCAGCUCUUAAUGGUCUCCCCAUACCCAGUGAAGUACUCCCUAGCUGA